AUGUGCGGGUCGCCCUUGGGGCUCAGCAGGAAGCCGGGCAUCUACGACCCGGCGUUCAUCGCGGCCAACCAGGAGGCGCGCGCCGACAACCUGAUCAAGGGCAGCCGCCAGCAGCAGCUGGACGCGGUGCGCGGCCACAUCCGCGAGUUCAAGGAGUCCAGCGGCGUUGACAAGGCGCGCAGCGGGAGGGGGCCUGGCGGGUCAUCUGCGGGGCUGAUGAUGCGGUGUCGGGGGCCUGUGGCCACUGGUAGUGUGGUGGUCCUCUGGACCGCCAACACCGAGCGCUACAGCCAGCUGGCCGAGGGCCUGAACGACACCGCAGACAACCUGCUCGCCUCCAUCGAGCGCGACGAGUCCGAGGUCGCGCCCUCCACCAUCUACGCGGCGGCCUGCGUGCUCGAGGGCGUGCCCUUUAUUAACGGCUCCCCCCAGAACACCUUUGUGCCCGGCCUGCUCGAGCUGGCGGUCUCCCGCGGCGUCCUCAUCGCCGGCGACGACUUCAAGUCCGGCCAGACCAAAAUGAAGUCCGUCCUUGUGGACUUCCUCGUCGGCGCCGGCCUCAAGCCGACGAGCAUCGUCAGCUACAACCACCUCGGGAACAACGACGGCAUGAACCUCUCCGCGCCGGCGACGUUCCGCAGCAAGGAGAUCUCGAAGUCCAAUGUUGUGGACGACAUGGUGGCCAGCAACAGCCUGCUGUACGAGCCCGGGGAGCACCCCGAUCACGUGGUUGUCAUCAAGUACGUGCCCUACGUCGGCGACUCCAAGCGCGCCAUGGAUGAGUACACGUCGGAGAUUUUCAUGGGCGGCCGCAACACCAUCGUGAUGCACAACACCUGCGAGGACAGCCUGCUGGCGGCGCCGAUCAUCCUGGACCUGGUGCUGAUCGCGGAGCUGCUGACGCGGGUGACGUUCCGGCGCGACGGCGAGGCGGCGCUGCACGAGCUGCACCCGGUGGCGGCGCUGCUGUCGUACCUCACAAAGGCGCCGCUCGUGCCGCAGGGCGUGCCCGUCGUCAACGCCCUGUCCAAGCAGCGCGCCAUGCUCGAGAACUUCUGCCGCGCCUGCGUCGGCCUGCCGCCGGACAGCAACAUGAUGCUCGAGUUCAAGUGA